AUGAAUAAUAUUUUUAGUAAAUUAUUUGUUAUAGUAUUGUUAGUUGGUUAUGUAAGUUGUCAACAACAACAACAUGCAGCUAAAGAUAUAACGUUUUCAAUGAGUCAUCUCAGUGACAAGUCGAGCAGAUGUAAAAUAUUGUUUAAACCAAGAUUGCUACCGAACAACUAUCAAGAGAUCAACACAAAUAUAACAAAGCAAGCAUUGUCUUCUGAUUGUAAACCAUUAUCAUCUGAUGACAAGAAGAAAUAUCAACAACAAUCAGAGAUAUUUACAACAAAGAUUGUAUCUGAUCUGCAAAUUAAAGAUAAUCUACCUGUUGUUUGUUCAUUACCAAGAUUAAAUUUAGAUCCAACUACAUUGAAUCUCAUUGGAUGCAGCUAUCAUUUGACAACACCACCAGUAGACUAUGAUAGUUCAAAGAAUUCUAUUUAUGUUUCCGUAGAUAUUGCUUUUAUAGCACAAAAACCAAUUAUUGCACCACCACCAAAGGAAGGUGAAAAGCCAGCAGAAGAAGAGAAUCAAUCUUUCUUUAAAAAAUAUUGGUAUUAUAUCCUACCUUUAGCAAUCAUUACACUUUUGAAUGUCUUUGUCCCACAAAUGGGUGAUGAGUCUGCUGGUCAAGCUGGUGGUGCACCAGCAGCCGGUGGAGCAAGAAGACCCGCCAGAUAA